AUGGGCAUGCUCAAUGGCAACGCGGCCUGUGUUCCAACCGUCCUGGGCGAAGUUACUGACCGGUCGAAUCAGACCAGGGCAUUCACCUAUUUGCCUGUCAUAUACUCGCUGGGCAGCAUUACCGGUCCCGCGCUGGGGGGUAUUCUGGUCAACAAGAUGGGGUCAGAAUAUCCCUAUCUCGGGCCCAACCUUGUCGGUGCAGCGAUGCUCGCUGCGAGCAUCGUCGUCGUUGGCAUCUGGUUCGAGGAGACGCUCGACGAGUCAGGCAGGAGCCCCUGGAGGCCGGCUUGGAUCAGCCGUCUUGUUGCGUGCGUCGACGGCUCCAAUAAGCCCUCUGACCGUAGAGAAUCUUGGAGUUCGCGCUUGGCAGAGGCUUCAGCAUCACAGCAGCCGCUUCUGUCGUCAAGCUCAUCGACGUUGUUGAGAAGACAGCAUUGCGCCCAGAGCUCCGCGAACGCUGCGCCUGAAGCCCCGUGA